AGAAAGCAGCAAAACAAAAACCCAAACGUUUUAAAGCAGACUAAUCGAUCACAGUAAACUAGUUGGAUUGAAGGCAGCCUUUUUGUGGGGUGCGACAACAAUGAACAAGUAACUAAAUUGUAAGUGUUUAAAAUAAUCGCUCUUCUAAAAAAAAGUACAACGGGAAUGAGUUCAAAGAAGCUUGGUAAAACGGUAACGAUACGGUUGUUACCAUUGGAGGACGAUGAAGCAGAAGCGUCUACCUCGCAGCGGGUGCAACCACGCCGCUCAAGCGCCGGCAGGCCUCCGGUGAGGCCAGUAGCAACAAAAUCACGCUACAAAAUCUAUGAAAUCCCCCGAAAGUCUGAAUUCUCGGAAUAUUUGGAGAAAAUUCGCAAAAAACAAGAAACCGAAGCCACCACCAGUGAACGGCGUAGCUUUGAAAGGAUUUCGAGUAUGGUAGCGCAAGAGCCACAGGAGAAGUUUCUAACGUUCGAUAAGCCGGUACUCGAACGUGCCCUGGUUGGUGGUAUGUUGCGCCAGGGAAGUGUGGUGGAAUAUCGCCCAAAGCGUCGGCAUCCGUUCAAGGAGAUGGUCAGCGAGUAUCUGCGCCGUCAGUCGAUGCCACAGAAGACGAUCACCCUGUACAAGAUCCCGCUCAUUCAAAGCUGGGACCAAGCGAUCGAGUACUCACUGCGCAGCUUUCCGAUUCAGGAUCGAACAGGGCCAACUUGGACCAAACCGCGAUUGAAGUGGUUGGAAGAUUUGGAGCACAUCAAUCGAACAGUGGCAACGCCGCCAACGCAGCGUACCCCCGAUAGUGAUGAAGAGCUCGAAACGAUCUGCUGCUUUCCGAUAAGACGAAUAUAAAAACCGUUGG